AUGGUAUCCAAGACUAUCUCCGCGGCUUCGCUCCUUUGUGUUCUACUCCAGCCGGUUAUCGCCUACCCCAGUCCUCAACAGUCCCUCCAUCAAGGCAAAGAGUGUCCAACUGGCGUUCAAAUCAUUGGCGUUGAAGGUACAGGUGCUACCCCAGGCAGAUUCGAAGGCCUUGAAGAUCUCCGUGCCGACCUCCUCAAGAGAAUGCCGGGAUCUGCCAGCUUUGCCCUGGACUAUCCUGCCUCUGGAAGCGUGGACGCUGCCAAUGUGUCUUCCUACCAUAUCCCCACGUAUCUGCCUUCUGAGAUCACAGGCGUCUUCACUCUCGGUGCCAAGAUCAAUACCUUCACAAAGAGAUGUCCUCAAACUGGAAUAGUCCUCAUAGGCUAUUCUCAGGGAUCUCACGUUAUCGGCGAUGCGCUGUGUGGGUUCUCUGGUUCUCUGACCCGUUUCAUCAGUACCGCUAUCUCGCAGCAAAGUCAAAAGUCUAUCCGAGCAGUUAUCCAAUUUGGCGACCCAAGAAAUACCAGGAACUUGAACUGGCAUAUUGGCAGUUCCACAAACGCAGGGAUUCUCCCACGUUCGGAUUUUGAUCAAUGCGAACACCUGGGAAAUGUAUGGCAAUCUUACUGCGACGCAGGUGAUUGUGUCUGCGACGGGGAUUCCUUCUUUGGCUGCAACAUCGGAAAUGAUGUCCACGUGAGCUACCUUCCGAAAUAUCAGAAAGACGUUGUUGAUUUUAUCGUAAAAAAUGCCAACAGUUCAGUCAUCGACACGAAGAAUGACAUUUGA